AUGGGCAAAGGAGAUUCUAAGAAGCCGAGAGGCAACAUGUCAUCAUAUGCAUUCUUUGUGCAAUCUUGUCAGGAGAAGCACAAGAAGCAGCACCUAGAUGCUUCAGUCAGCUUCUCAGAGUUUUCUAAGAAGUGCUCAGAGAGGUGGAAGAUAGUGUCUGCUAAAGAGAAAGGAAAAUUUGAAGACAUGGCAAAGGCAGACAAGGCCCAAUAUGAAAGAGAAAUGAAAGCCUAUAUCCCUCCUAAAGGUGAAACAAAAAAGUUCAAGGAUCACAAUGCACCCAAGAGGCCUCCUUUGGCCUUUUUCUUGUUCUGUUCUGAGUAUUGCCCAAAAACCAAAGGAGACCAUCCUGGCCUAUCCACUGGCGAUGUUGCAAAGAAACUGAGAGAGAUGUGGAACCACACUGCUGCAGAGGACAAGCAGCCUGGUGCAAAGAGGGCUGCUCAGCUGAAGGAAAGAUACGAAAAGGAUAUUGCUGCACACCGAGCUAGAGGGGAGCCUGAUGCAGUGAAAAGGGGAGGUGUCAAGGCUGAAAAAAGCAGCAAAAAGAAGGAAGAGGAGGAAGACAAAGAAGAUGAGGAGGAAGAUGAUGAUGAUGCAAUACUUGUAAAGUACUUGCCUGAAAUCUGUCGAGCUGGGGAUAGAGAUUCUGCUCUGGGCAUCCUGAGCACUGAUGUUGCCAUUCCCCCACCUCCACCCCAAUGA